CUUGACAUGAGUUAGUAUAAAUGAGUGCUCCAAAGAACGAUUCGAUAUCAGUUCACCGUAGGCAUUCCAAACAUACAGAUCUUAAACAAAAACAACCAAUAUGUUCAAGCUGAUCCUAGCUCUUUCCUUGGCUUUGGCUGUCGUGUCCGCUCAAUGGGAAGGUGGUUAUGGAGGUGAUCACCACCAUCAUCAUGAGGAACACCAUUCACAUCCGAAGUACAAGUUCGAAUACGGCGUUAAGGAUCACAAAACAGGGGAUCACAAGAGCCAGUGGGAGCACCGAGAUGGCGACGUCGUAAAAGGGCAGUACACUCUUCAUGAGGCCGAUGGUACCGAGCGCAUCGUUGAUUAUACUUCCGAUAAGCAUCACGGAUUCCAGGCCCAUGUGAAACGCGUUGGUCACGCACACCACCCGCAGGUCUAUGGACACCAUGAGGGUGGAUAUGGUGGUGCUGAAGGAGCUUUCGGAGGUCACGGACAUGGACACGGGCAUGCAAGCAGCUAUGCCAACUCGAACCUGCAUUCGUACCAUCACUGAUUAAAUAUUUUGAUAGACUGAUCUCAUUUUUUUCGUAUCUGUCGUUCGUCGCGCUUACCUCUCUAAAUAAAAUCUCAAAUUUA